GAUUUGUCUCAGCUCAGCCAUAUUUGAUGUUCGCUCAACUGAGCAGAGAUAUAUAUUUUGGCGUCUUUUAAAAUGAAUAGUUAAAACUUAUUUCCUUAGCUAAACUAAAAUUAUCAAAUGAGGAGUGGGAUCUUCUGAACGAGAGAACAAGCUGUUGUGAAAAUGAAGGUGAAAAGCUGAUAAUGCCAAAAUUCAUAAGCCAACAAGAAGAAGAUAAGCUGUUGAACGAUAUGGAUGACAUGAUUAAGAAUACGAUGCGUAAACGACCGAACGAGAACGAAAUAACGAAAGCAGUCUUAUCUGCAAAUAAGUUUGUUUCUUCUGCUCAAAUAGUAGAGCCACAAGGAGUCAGCGAUGCGAAAUCUAACUAUGCGUUAACGACAGUUACAAAUUAUUGUUCUACCACUAACAAGCUUAUGAUACAACAAAGUCAAAUAUUGACAGGUGUUGUAAAUACUGUCAAGAGCCUUGAGGCUAUGCAGCAAAAACUGCUGAACGAGUUGAAAAGACAGCAAGAAAAUAUUGAAACUCAAGUCAAAAGGUUGAAGGAGAUCAGUUCAAAAUCUGCAUUAACUGACAACGAUGAGAGUAACGACGGAGAGAAAAACAAAAGAUUGACGAACGAAUGGAUAACUAAGAUUUCUAAAUUGAUACGACAGGAGUUGAAUAGUCAAAGAUCAGAAAAACAGGCGCAAAAGAGUGACGAAGCCCAUCCGGCUGUUAACGAAUUAAAAGAGGCUCUCAAACUUGAAAUUAUCAGUAAAAGACCAAACACUCGACGAGAUUACAAACUGACGACAUAA